GACAAAUGCCGUCAAGUCAACAAUUGAUGGCCAUCGUAGCUAAUGCAUUGGAGGAGCUGGCAGUAAACAAGUUUGCUUUUGUCUGUUGGCUGACUAACUGGUUUUACCAACGUUGGGGCCUAUCGUCUUGGCCUGUGUAACAGCUAUUUCAGUUCGAGUUCGUGUUUUGGCUGGGACGGGUGAAAACGCCCAGCGCAACGGAAAAGUGUGACCGUUUAUUCUAUUAGAAUGAAAAUGUGAUUGUGAAAUUAGAAAACUCAUUUUUUUUUGUUAAAGAUCGUGUUAAACAAAAGCCACAAAAUACAUACCAAGUGACCUUAAUUGCGCGACCCCUCCGAAAAAAAAUAGGGAGAAAUAACGGUUAUUUUUCCAUAAGCAACAUCACGUAAAGUGAAAUAAGUUAUCAACGUUCCCAGUAAAGCCAACAACGAAGCCGUCAAUUUGUGGUCGAAUAAUAGCCAAAAAUCGUAAAAAAUUUAUACAAAAAUUUUGUUCGCGAAACUGCCACUCCAACGAAAGGUGGAAAAGUAAAGCACAAUAAAAUCAUAAGAAGCCUAGUACCGCUGACGAAAUAGGGAAGUGCAAUUGGAAAAUCAACCAAUACAGUGAGAAAAUCAACAAAGCGCAAAGCACUUGUACGAAUUAAAUUAGCGCACACAAAGUUGCAGUGCACGAAAAAAAAGCAAAAAAAAAAAAUUGCAUAAAAAAUUUAUACCAAAAAAAAAAUAAAUUUGCAAAAAAAAGCACAAUAAAACGAAACAAAUUUCGCAAAACUCCGCAAUGUACGCUCAAUACGGCAAACGAAGAAAAUACUCGACUAUGCCAGCAAUGCCAACAAAAAGCAACGCGAUUUCGCGUCUAUUUCUCAUCGCCGCUAUUUGUGGAUUACUUUUGUGUAGCAUACAAAUGGUUAAAGCUCAGGAGCAAUUGCAGAGCAAUGAUGCAAAUGUGCAUGUGCAGACAACAAUUGUGGCUGGUAGUGAUGCUGCGCCUACUACGUUGCCUGCUGAAAAUUUAGAAACGACAACAGCAAAGACUGAAGCUGCGUCAGCUUUGAAUGCAUCAUCAUUCCACCAACAUGCAGCCGAAACUGGCAUAAAAACGGCGGCCAUUGAUGCAGUGGAGGAGUCCACUAGCAGUGCUGUAUUGUUGAGUGAUAGUUCAACGACUUCUGCGUCGUCUGCUUCGCCAGCUGCGCCAACAGCUACUACAACCACAAAAGCAACAGUUGCACUACGAGACAACGACGACGGCGACGACGAUGAUGAUGACGACCACGACGACGACGAUGCUCAAUUCUUAACGACCACAGCGACUGCGACGAUAGAGACGUCAGCUGCAGCAGCAGCAGUGGCGGUGGCUGGAGCAAACGAUGCGGUGCACAAAUUGGAUGUUGCUGAUCCAUCAACCAUCUCCUCAUCGACAACUACAACAGAAGCAUCCUUACGCGCAGCUGAGACGACGCAACACGGUGACAGCGCUGCACCCAGUACUGCCAUCACCAACAAUAGUGCGCCUGCGCCACCAUUAGCAAUGCCAAUAACAACAAUAGAGCCAAUUAUUACAACUGAACCAACAACUACGCCCACAAGCGAGUACAGCAGCGAGCGACAGGCCAAAGAACAUAUUGCGCCGCAUGAUGCGGGCGUUGAGACGCAUCAAACGAUUACAACUACAACAACAAGUGCAACACCAGGCACAAAGGAAGACGUAAUACUGCCGCAUGUAUUGGCCGAGCAUGCGCAACACAUUAUCGAGGUGGACAAAGCAGAGCACAAUCACAAUCCGCCGCAUAUGCACUUAACACCCUACGACGCGGAGCACAUACAGCAUAUACAUGGACAUCAUGGACAUGAGCACGAGCAUGAGCACGAUCACGCGCAUGAGCACGAUCACACGCAUGAGCACGCCGACGAUGUAGCGCACCUCGAUCACAUGCACGAGCACAAUGGCCACGAAGAACACUCGACGGAGCAUGUGAUCUCCUCGACCGCAAAUGACAUUUUCGCUGAGAGCAAGGAACCAAGCAAACCACUCGAUAGUCCUUUUUUGGAAGGCAAUGCGCAUGCGGAGGGUGUGAAUGACACACAUGGCGGGGAAAAAAUUGUGCACACACCCGCUGAGGUGCUGAUCAACCAGAUCUCACAUGAAUUUGAAGAGGAUGAUAAAGAUUUGAACAAUUUUCGGCAUCCGGCAACGCUGAUUACUGCCAGCAAUAGCGACGAAUCGAUGAUGGCCGCCAUGAUGGCGGCAGCAAUGAAGGAAAAUGAAAGAGACGCAACAGCGGCGGGAGGUGAGCCAGCAGCGCGGCAUGAAGAAGAUCCCUACCACGCGCACAUACUCUCCGAGCAACACGAUCGUUUGGCCGAACAGGAAGAUUUCAAACUGAUCGCGGAGGACUUAAAUAGUUCGACAGAGUCGCAUUUAGAGACGACAACGCAGAAAGGCGGCGAAGUGGCAAAGAAAGUCGAAGCAAACGCAGAAGAUAAUUUGGCUGUUGUAGUACCAGCGAUUGCAAUGAUCACUACAACAAAUAUAACAAAUGAAGAACGUGGACGUGCAAUGAAUAUAGUCGAAGUCGAGCAGCAUAGAGCAAAAGAAGCGCUUGUUGUGACAACAACGCCGCCAUCAAGCGCUGCUAAAGAACCAGUUGUGGUGCCGAUCGUCGAAGGACAGUUACAGCACCAACACACUGACAAUCAUAUGCACGUAGAUGAUCACACGACCACUGAAAUUACAACCACAACAAAAUCAGAAGUCAACAACAACAACAACAGCGAAGCGACACUUAAAAGCGACGAAGAUUCGUCAUCCACACCAUACCCACAACAUUUUUACUAUCAUGGCGAGGGUCGAUCUGUGGGCGAUAGCAUAUCGGCGGAGAAUGACGAUGUACCAUUGAACUAUCAAUACCACAAUUUUGUGACCACAGAACGCGACGGCAACAACAACAAUAAAAGUGUUGUACAUAAGAGCGGCGCUUUGUUGGAUUUAAGCGAUAUUAACAUGGAUGAAGACGAUCAAAUGGAUGUGACGCAUAAUACGCACGAACAAAAGCAACAACAAGAGCAACAACAACAGGAGAAGCAACUUGUAGAGCACAAUCACAAUAACCAUAGUGCGAAUGAAGGCGAAGAACAACAACUGAAGAUUACCGAGGUUACGAAGGCAGCAGUGGGUGCGGCCGCAGCGGCUAUGCUGCAAGACUGCACUGGCAGUGAUGAGAAGAUGUACAAGAAUGGCGAAACAAUGAAUCGCGGCUGUGAUGAACGUUGCACGUGUAAUCGUGGCGAAUGGAUUUGUGUACCACGUUGCAUGGGCAACACUUUCAAACUGGUUGGCGGUGCUCCGCAUAUGGAUUUGGAUGCGCAAGCGCAUUGCCGACAAAUGGCCGUCGAUGAAUGUUGCGCGACUAUGGAAUGCGGUCUGAUGCACACAAUUGGCUCCCCGGAAGGUGGUGUGAAUGGUGAGUGUGUGGAUAUGAACAAAUUUAUUGAAGGGGUAAUUGCACGUAGUAACUUUCAUUGAAGAUUUUUGUUGAUA